GCUUUCUCUCCACUCUUUGGAUAUCAUUUUAAUUGGGUUUCAAUCAAAACAGUCAUCGAUUUCGUCGUCUCUGUCAUUGAGAUAAUGCUGUGUCACUGAAUCAAUGUCUUCGCCCACAACCACAGCAACCGCGACGACAACAGUGACCGGCAAUAAUGCAUUCAAUGACAAUACGAGCCGUCAUUCAGAUGUGGUGUACGUGAAGAUGAAGACCACCGAUGGCUUAGUAACGCAGACCACCCGCGAAGACCAGCGAUCGUUGGCUAUGAAGCGGAUCCUAUCGGCGCUCUUCUAUGCCGUCUCUUCGCUCCUCAUAAUCGUUAUCAACAAAAUAGUGCUCACGAACUAUAGUACAUGUAACUUGUAUUGCAGAUUCCCAUCGUAUCAUAUGCUAGGAAUGGGGCAAAUGUUGGCCACAAUAAUCAUAUUAAGUAUAGGGAAAUCACUUAACGUUAUAAAUUAUCCCAACUAUACGAAAGAUACUCUACUAAAAAUAUGGCCGCUGCCAGUGCUCUACAUCGGGAACCUGGUGUGCGGUUUAGGCGGCACUAAACACCUGAGUCUUCCAAUGUUCACCGUUUUGCGGAGAUUUACUAUUUUAAUGACUCUCAUCGGAGAGUACUAUAUCCUCAAUGUCGUUCAAAACAAUACAAUCAUAAUGACUAUCGUGGCUAUGGUUGGCGGCGCUAUGAUUGCAGCCAGCAAUGACUUAGCCUUCGAUGCGAGCGGUUAUGCGUUUGUCUUAAGCAACGACUUCUUCACGGCUGCCAAUGGCGUGUAUAUGAAACAGAAACUCGACUCCAGAGAAUUGGGAAAAUAUGGUCUCCUAUAUUACAACUCUCUGUUUAUGAUAAUACCAUUGCUAUUGAUUUCGUGGACAACCGGUGAUAUAAACCGUACGAUAACUGAAUUCAACGAUUGGUUUGAUGCGGGAUUUUUAGUAUCAUUUAUAACAUCAUGUGUUAUGGGCUUUAUUCUGAUGUAUUCCACUAUAUUGUGCACUGCAUUCAACUCAGCGCUCACCACAACAAUCGUCGGCUGUUUGAAGAAUAUAUUCGUCACAUACAUAGGGAUGUAUAUCGGAGGCGAUUACGUCUUCUCGUGGACCAACUUUAUUGGUCUCAAUAUAUCGAUGAUUGGAAGUCUCGUCUAUUCAUACUUUACAUUCAUUCAGAAACAAAAGCCUUUGCCUUAAAACUAUAUCUGUUGUAAAAGUCAUUGUUUUUUUUGGUUUAAUUUUUGCUCUGUUUUUUGGCCAAC